AUGAACGAUCACACAGCCUGUCCAUCCACCAGUGACGACGACACUCUCCGACAGGCCCCCGAGCCUACUCCUCGGCCCCGAUCUCUACUCAACCUCCUUCUUGAUCGGACCCGAAUCGACGAUGCUGUAGAGUACCACGAGUACCCCGGCAAAGGAACAGUUGAGGAACCUUACAUCGUCUCUUUUAUCCCAGAUGAUGCAGGAAAUCCAUUCAACUGGUCCAAACUCGCACGAUGGCGAAUCACCAUGGUUUCAGCCGCGACCUGUUUCGCCGUUGCAUUUAGCUCCAGUGCCUACACAGGAACUAUGAAGGAGCUCAUGUUUCACUUCCGUGCAAGCAACACCCUCAUCACCGGCGGCGUGAGCUUGUACGUGUUGGGCUUCGCCCUCGGACCUCUUCUCUGGGCACCACUAUCAGAAAUUUACGGCCGACAAAUCGUCUUCUUCAUCAGCUACGGCCUGUACCGAAGUAUCGCCAUGGGAUUGUUUUCUUUGGCGCCUGCGAUGGGACCUACUUUGGGACCAUUUAUUGGCGGCUAUCUUGGCGAAGAUGAGGGAUGGCGAUGGGUCAUGGGAUUGAUGGGCAUCAUCGCCGGAGCUUUCUGGCUCCUUGGAAUUUUCCUCGUCCCGGAAACAUACGGUCCCCUCAUCCUAAAGAACCGAGCUCAAGUGCUCUCCGAAAAGACCGGAAAGUGCUACAUCUCCGAGUACGAUCACGCUGGCAAGGCCGAUCCUCCAGCCGUCGUUCUCAAGAAGGCUCUUAUCCGACCCUGGUUGCUGCUAUUCGUUGAGCCCAUCGUCCUCAUCCUGUCAAUCUACACAGCUAUUGUGUACGGUACUCUGUACAUGCUCUUUGGCGCCUACCCAGUUGUUUUCCAGCUCGAACGGGGCUGGUCAGCUGGAAAGGGAGGACUGGCCUUCCUGGGUGUUGCAGUGGGAAUGUUUUCCGCCGUACCAACCGUUUCUCUGAUAAACCUGUGGUACAUGAAAAUCACGAAAGCAGCAAAGGGCGGCGUGGUUCCCCCUGAAUACCGUCUCCCUGGCAGCAUGAUUGGUGGCAUCUGUGUGCCAGUAGGGAUGUUCUGGUUUGCAUGGACAUCGUACACUGACAUCCAUUGGAUGUCCCCAGUGGCAGCUGGUAUACCAUUCGGUCUCGGCAUGACGCUCAUUUUCCAUUCCAUCUUCAACUACCUUAUCGACGCCUACGCCAUCUACGCCGCCUCUGUCUUGGCAGCCAACACGGUGCUUCGAUCACUCUUCGGUGCCGCAUUCCCGCUGUUCACCAAGCAGAUGUACGAUAAGCUGGGCACCCAAUGGGCAAGCUCAGUCCCUGCUUUCCUCGCCCUCGCCUGUCUCCCGAUGCCCUUUAUCCUCUGGAAGUACGGUCCUGCCAUUCGAUCAAGAUGCAAGUACUCUGCCAAGGCUGCUACGGCGACGGGAUCGCAGGAGACCAAGGGCUGA